AUGACUUUCCGCUAUCUCCUGAACGUCAGUUUCGAGGGACCCUGCUCCGACAGCAGCGCCGGGAGCUCCAGCGCGGGCGGUGGCGGGGGUGGCGCGGGCGGCGCGGCCGCCUCGGAGGGCCGGGCGGUGGACGGCGUGCGGGUGACCGCAGGCGGUAGCAGCGGCGGCGGCGUGGUGGGCGCGGGCAGCGGCGAGGACAACCGGAGCUCCGCUGGGGAGCCGGGGGGCACCGGCGCCGGCGGCGAGGUGAACGGCACGGCGGCCGUCGGGGGGCUGGUGGUGAGUGCGCAGGGCGUGGGCGUGGGCGUCUUCCUGGCCGCCUUCAUCCUCACGGCCGUGGCGGGCAACCUGAUGGUCAUCCUCUCCGUGGCCUGCAACCGCCACCUGCAGACGGUCACAAACUAUUUCAUUGUGAACCUGGCCGUGGCCGACCUGCUGCUGAGCGCCACGGUGCUCCCCUUCUCGGCCACCAUGGAGGUUCUGGGCUUCUGGGCCUUCGGCCGGGCCUUCUGCGACGUGUGGGCCGCCGUGGAUGUGCUGUGCUGCACGGCCUCCAUCCUCAGCCUCUGCACAAUCUCAGUGGACCGGUACGUGGGCGUGCGCCACUCUCUCAAGUACCCAGCCAUCAUGACCGAGCGCAAGGCGGCCGCCAUCCUGGCGCUGCUCUGGGCCGUAGCCCUCGUGGUGUCUGUGGGGCCGCUGCUGGGCUGGAAGGAGCCGGUGCCCCCUGACGAGCGCUUCUGCGGCAUCACGGAGGAGGCGGGAUACGCUGUUUUCUCCUCCCUGUGCUCUUUCUACCUGCCUAUGGCCGUCAUUGUGGUCAUGUACUGCCGCGUGUAUGUGGUAGCGCGAAGCACCACGCGCAGCCUGGAGGCGGGAGUCAAGCGCGAGCGGGGCAAGGCCUCAGAGGUGGUGCUGCGCAUCCACUGUCGCGGCGCAAGCACUGGCUCAGACGGAGCCCACGGUGGGAUGCGCAGCGCCAAGGGCCACACCUUCCGCAGCUCACUGUCGGUGCGUCUGCUCAAGUUCUCCCGUGAGAAGAAGGCGGCCAAGACGCUGGCCAUCGUCGUGGGUGUCUUCGUGCUCUGCUGGUUCCCCUUUUUCUUCGUCCUGCCACUGGGCUCCCUGUUCCCACAGCUGAAGCCCUCAGAGGGCGUCUUCAAGGUUAUCUUCUGGCUGGGCUACUUCAACAGUUGCGUGAACCCGCUCAUCUACCCUUGCUCCAGCCGGGAGUUCAAGCGGGCCUUCCUCCGCCUCCUGCGCUGCCAAUGCCAUCGUAGUCGCCAGCACCACCGCCCCCUCUGGAGCAUCUACGGUCACCACUGGCAAGCCUCGAAUGGCGGCCCGCGGCCUGACUACGCUCCUGGCCCAGGCGCCACACCCUCCGGGGCCCUGCUGGCCCUCACCGCGCCCUCAGCCCCCGGGUCCCCAGGCACACCCAAGGCACAGGCUCCGGUCAUCGGCCGUCAAAAGCCGCCCUGCGCCUUUCGCAAGUGGAGGCUUCUCGGGCCAUUCUGGAGACCCACCACACAGCUGCAUGCCAAGGUCUCCAGCCUGUCGCAAAAGAAGUACGCCAGAGAGGCUGCGUGUGCCCUGCACUUAGAGGUGGAAGCUGUGUCCUUAGGCGUCCACAGUGAGGCAGCUGAGGGCACCACCUGCCAGGCCUACGAACUGGCAAACUCUAGCCAUCUCCGGGAGACUGAUAUUUAA